UGUUGGGCUAGUAGGUGGCAGAAGCAGAGGCUGUGGUGGCGGCGGCGGCGGUGGCGGCGGGGGCUGUAGCAGCAGCACUGAGGGAUUCAGCUGGCGGGAACUAUUGUCAUGGACCAUAUCACAGUGCCCAAGGUAGAAAAUGUGAAGUUAUUGGAUCGUUAUGUGGGUAAGAAACCAGCUAAUGGGAUUCUGUAUCUUACUGCAACACACCUGAUCUAUGUGGAGGCUUCUGCUACAGCCAGGAAAGAAACAUGGAUUGCACUCCAUCACAUUGCCACUGUGGAAAAGUUGCCCAUCACUAGCAUGGGCUGUCCUCUGAUCCUCCGCUGUAAGAAUUUCCGGGUGGCCCACUUUGUUUUAGAUUCUGACCUUGUGUGUGAGGAGGUUUAUAUUUCACUACUCAAGCUUUCUCAGCCAGUAUUACCUGAAGAUCUUUAUGCUUUCUCUUAUAAUCCCAAAUCAUCAAAAGAGAUGAGGGAAAAUGGAUGGAAACUGAUUGACCCAAUAUCAGACUUUGAGAGAAUGGGAAUACCCAAUCGGUAUUGGACCAUAACAGAUGCCAACAGAAACUAUGAGAUAUGCAGUACCUACCCUCCUGAAAUAGUGGUUCCUAAAUCUGUUACCUUGGGAACGGUGGUUGGAAGUUCAAAGUUCAGAAGUAAAGAACGUGUCCCUGUGCUCUCCUACCUCUACAAAGAGAACAAUGCUGCCAUUUGCCGCUGUAGCCAGCCUCUGUCUGGAUUUUAUACUCGCUGUGUAGAUGAUGAGCUCUUGCUAGAGGCCAUUAGCCAAACAAACCCUGGGAGCCAGUUUAUGUAUGUUGUAGAUACAAGACCAAAGCUAAAUGCCAUGGCCAACCGAGCAGCUGGUAAGGGGUAUGAAAAUGAAGACAACUAUGCCAACAUUCGCUUCAGGUUCAUGGGCAUUGAGAACAUUCAUGUGAUGCGGAGCAGCCUGCAAAAACUCUUGGAAGUUUGUGAAUUGAAAACUCCAACAAUGAGUGAAUUUCUUAGUGGCCUGGAGAGCUCAGGGUGGUUGAGACACAUUAAAGCUAUUAUGGAUGCUGGAAUUUUCAUUACAAAGGCAGUAAAAGUAGAAAAGGCCAAUGUUUUAGUCCAUUGUUCUGAUGGGUGGGACCGCACAGCACAAGUCUGCUCUGUGGCCAGCAUUCUUCUAGAUCCAUUUUAUAGGACAUUCAAAGGACUCAUGAUUCUAAUAGAGAAGGAAUGGAUAUCUAUGGGCCACAAGUUCUCACAAAGGUGUGGCCACCUGGAUGGGGACUCUAAAGAAGUGUCCCCUAUCUUCACCCAGUUCCUAGACUGUAUUUGGCAAUUAAUGGAACAGUUUCCCUGUGCCUUUGAAUUUAAUGAAAGCUUUCUGCUGGAGAUCCAUGACCAUGUUUUCUCCUGCCAAUUUGGAAACUUCCUUGGAAACUGCCAAAAGGAUCGGGAAGAUCUAAGAGUCUAUGAGAAAACACAUUCUGUGUGGCCUUUCUUGGUUCAGAGGAAACCAGACUUCAGGAAUCCCCUCUAUAAAGGUUUCACUGUAUAUGGAGUGCUCAAUCCUAGUACUGUGCCCUACAACAUUCAGUUCUGGUGUGGGAUGUAUAACCGCUUUGACAAAGGCCUGCAGCCCAAACAGAGUAUGCUAGAGAGCCUCCUGGAAAUUAAGAAACAGAGAGCAAUGCUUGAAGCAGAUGUGUAUGAACUAGAAAAGAAACUGAAAGCCCAUGAUGAGCCACCAGAAGAGGUCUGUACCUGCUCUCAAUUAGGGAAUUUACUGUGCCAGCAUCUAGGAAGUCCUUUGGCCAAUCCUCUGGGCUUUAUGGGUAUUGAUGGAGACCUAAAUACAUUGAUGGAGAAUGGCACUCUGUCCAGGGAAGCAGGCCUCCGAGCUCAGAUGGAUCAAGCAAAAAGCCAGUGUACAGACCUCCGCCAUGACUGUUGUGGGAUCAUAGGUAGCCUUAGGGCCAUAAGUAUCUCUGAGGAUGUGCACAUCUCUGGAGACAUAGGCACCUCUGCAGCCACAGGUAUCUCUGAUGAUAUGGGCAUCUUUGGGGCUAUGGGCUUCUCUGAAGAUGUGGGCAUCUCUGAGGUUACUGACAUCCCUGGAAAAAUGAAUAUUUCUGAGGCCACGGGAUUCUCUGGAGGCAUGGGUUUCUCUGAUGGCAUAGGCACCAUGGAGGACUUGGGCUUCUCUGAAGACACAGAUAUCUCAAAGGUCAGCACCAAGGAGUCAGGCUACUCUAAGCAACAGUGAUCUAGCUACUCAUAUGCUUCUCUGCUAGGGGCACCUGUAGCAACCACAGAGAUCUUUGUUCCAUACAGGGCUAUGCUGCUUUUCUGGUUGGUUUAAAUGUGUGAGACCAGGGUACCCUUUUUCCUACUUAGAGUCUGGAAAAAGACUUAGGGCCUUUACUGAUUAAAUGAUCGCUAUACACAUGUUGUUAAGCAGUCCAGAAUAUGAGAAAAUAUGUUAUUGUUAUAAAAUGGGAUUUAACUUUAGAAAUAUUUCCCUUUAGCUGCUUAUUAGGCUGGUUAUAUUAUUUUCCUUAACAAUCAGCCUCUCUUUCCACCCUUGCUUCUCUAACCUGAGAGCACAGUAGAAAAUCACAAUCCAGUUGAAGGGAUAGAGAGAUGUUAUGCAACAGACAACUGAAUUACAGAAUUUUAUAAAAAUGUACUCUCAGAUAUGCCUGGUCAUGGGAUGCUAAUAUUGCCAAUAGAGACCCCAACAUUUGUGUGAUAAUAAAUCAAAAUGAUCCUUAAUUGUUAGCAUGAGUGCAUGGGUGCUUGGAGGUUUAAAAUAUACAAAGAAUGUUUUCUUAAGCCAUAACAGUUGCUCUCCCCAGCCCACACCCCAGCUUGGUCUCAUUAUAAUACUCAUCUAGCCAAUCUGCUAUAUUGUAGAUAUCCUGUAGGUAAAUUUGAGUCCAUUACAGGCUAAAAUGAUCAAUUACAAAUUAACAGGGUCUGAGUUAAUACUGCUUAAUAGCAUUCUCAGCAUCAGUUCAGAAAGCAACUGAUAAUCUGAGUGCUCUGUCCCUGUCUAAGACAUGGUCUGUGUGCUUAUCUGGGAUUUUUUUUAAACAGGCCCCUUCUUAGGAUUUUUUUAAAGAGAGUGAGAGUGAGAGCAAGAGAGAGAGAGAGAGAAUUUUUUAAUAUUUAUUUUUUAGUUUUCGGUGGACACAACAUCUUUAUUUUUUUUUUUUUUAUUUUCAUGUGGUGCUACAGAUCGAACCUAGCACCCCGUGCAUGCCAGGUGAGCGUGCUACCACUUGAGCCACAUCCCCAGCACAGGAUUUUUAAAAUAAAGACCAGUUGUUUUGCUUAUGGAGAUGUUACAUAAAACUUGUGGAUUUUUGGAUACAAUCAGCACUGUUUUUUAAAUCUCAUAGGUUUCUCACCUUAUACACUUUUUAAAAAGUCUAUUCUUAGAGCUGGUCCACAUACUCCCAUGGGCAAGGGUAUAUUCUUGUUGUCUAAACACAAGAUUUUCCCCUUGGUGUUGGUACAUUUGUUGGUUUUUCAUCUUCCCUAUUGGAUAUUCAGUCAUAGUUUUGCCAUUUCCACAUGCUGGGGGUGGGUAGGGUAGGCCUUAGGCAAUUAAAAAAAAUUGUCAGUUGGCCAUUAUUUUAUUUAUAUGUGGUGCUGAGACUCAAGCCCAUUGCCUCACACAUGCUAGGCAAGCUCUCUACCACUUGGCCUCAGGCAAUUUUAAUCAUGAUCUACAUAUAGUCAAUAUUUCCAGAACUACCAAGGCCAAUGGAAUCCACAUCUUUAACCAUACUAUCUAUUCCAAGUACUCUGUAUCUGGUUUCAGCUCAAAAAUUCAAUUUCUGUUGACUAUCAAAUUAAUUUGUGAAUACAUAAAGUAUCUAAAGGAUCACAUUAUUAGGUGCUUUUCUCUGAAAGAAAGAGGUGUCUUUCAAUUUAAGUAUGUAAUUAAAUAGCAGAAGACAGUCACCAGAGUAGCUCCUUGAUUUCUUACAUAGAGCUAUUUGAUGGACCCAAAACAACUUUCCUUUUCAGAGGAAAAAUUCUAAAUCAUUUUGGUUGUCUUUUUUCAUAUUUUAAAUGAGAAUCAUUUUUCUAUUUACCUCCUCUUGGUAGCUGUUUUAAUUCUGUGUAUUUAAAGAACUCUAAUUUGUGUCUUUCCCAUUCAUAAAUAGGGACCAUUUUUCUACUUACCUCUUCUUGAUAGUUGCCUUGAUUAUAUAAUUUUAAAGCAACAAGAUGUAUCUUCUCUGAUCCCCUUCUUUCUAUAAUUUGGUCUUUGGCUCAUACAACCUAAAUUACCAAAUGUUGCCUGCUGCCAUUUGGCUUCUUACUUCUGGGGGAAUUAUAUUUCUGUACAUCAGUUUGAUGUGGAAGCUACAUGUAACCCUGGUUUUGUGGAGGAAUUUGUCAAAAAGGAUGACAGUACCAGUCUGUCACAAGUGAGGCUAUUCCAGUCGUGCUUUACACCCAGGGCUUUCUCCCUUAUCUCAACCUGUAUUUUUAGUGCAUUAACUAGCAUGACACACCAGCUAUAACUUGUUGAGGUUUUUGAGGGGGCAGAAGAAAUGGGAAAAUGGCAAGAUGCAAAUCCUUUGCAAAUCCUUUCAAAACGUAUUUUAUGAUCUCAAAUUUAUUUGCAAAGACCUGUAAAAGGUACUAUUCCAACAUAAUUUAUUUGAUCCAAAAUAAAACUAUCCAAUAGUGAAAAGGUUUUUCAAUACAACUCUAAACUCAGAAUUGAUAAAUAGCAACUCUAAUGUUUCCAAAAGCAAAAACAAAAAUUUUACAAAAAUUGUCUUAUUCCAUUGACUAUCUAAGGCCAUGGAAUCAAUUUCAGCCUCAAGAUCUGUGAAGUCAAUUUGUUUUAUCUUUUUGUUGUUGUUUUUAUUUACCAACAUGUCUCAUUAUUACUUGUAUAUAAGCAAAAUCUUGUGAAAAUUUUGUAUUUUUUCUCAUCACCAACUACUUCCCUUGUUUUACAAUUGGAUUUGAAAAUCUGAGAGAAAAAUGUUCAGUGGAAUCCAAACACUAAUUUGCUGGUAAAAUCCCAAUGGCUAUCUCUACUCAGGAGACCAGGAAUAAAGUGGAAAUUCCUGAAGUAAAUUGCCAGGGUUACUAGAAAAGAUGAUAUAUUAAUGGCUUUCAUUUCAUAUUCUCAUAUAACACAAGCUGAAAAAGAAAUAUGACCCCUUCCCCCACUCUCUUACGCUUCCAGUUUCCCAAGCAGAAAUUCCAUUCCCAUAUGACUGCCCUACUUAAAUAGGAAGGCAUUUAAACCACCUGCCACUGUCUCAUCUACUAACCUGACCUCUGUCUCUUUCCCAUACAAGUUUUACAGGCCUAAGGUCACUGCUUAUCUUUUCCAAGCGUGCGUCAGGUUCAGUUCCUAUGCUGCUGACCAUGCUCAGGUUCUGCAUGAACACCCUUUCAAAAACUUCAUUAAUUCUUUACUUAAUUAAUGACAUGAUAUAUUUAUCACAAAAUAAAUACAGUAAUACUAAAUAACAAACUUAAGUAACAGCUAACAGCUGUUUUAAAGAAGAAAUUCAGGAAUAGGGUCCAGUGUAUGAAAGAAAAACUGAAACUGUCUAGAACUAAUACCAAGAAUGUAAAACUUAUGGUGCAUGUGUAUGGCACAUGUAUCUUUGGUAUAUCACCUUAGAAAUUAUGUUUACUUAUCACCAAGUCAGUUGCCAUUGCCUGCCAAUAUGCAUGGACUACCUUUUGUCUGCGAUGCACCUCACAUAUCACAUGAAGUGAGACCUUUUCUGAACAUUUCCAUCUAAAGGGAUACAAGUCUUUUUAAAAGGUGCUUUUCAUAAAUAUUUAAGUGUGGCCUGGAUUUAGCUGAAAAAGAGGUUAAUAACCUAGGGUACUUGUGUCAUAUCUUUGUUACAUACUAGCUUUUUUUAAAACACCACACUUUUCUUAAUAUUGUUAGGUUUUCAUAUGUCAUUUGAGAAUCUUUCUAUGAGAGUAUUUUAUAAAGUGUCCUUUCUUCAAACAGUUAUGUAGUAAAAUGUAAAUUACCCUUAAGAAAAUUAUUUCCCUCAAAAGAGAUUGACCAUUUUCUAUAUAGGUUUAUACUUAGAAAGAUUGUUCUUACUUUCUCUCUUAGUUCCCAGUGAUUUAAUAUCCAUACCAAAACUUUCCCCCAUCCUCAUACCUCUUCUUCUCAGAAUUCUAUGGAGGAUAUAAGCUGAUAUUGAUUUCAACCAAAUCUGGUUGUUUUCUUCUAAUUGCCAAAUCUAGAAAUGACUUUUGAUAUAAACAUUUUAAAAGAAAAUAGACAUGGCUUAAGCCUUAAGUUUUUUUCCUAUGGCAUUAUCUUUUUAUAUGAUGUGAAUAAAUAGAUGGCCUGUCAGAAAACACCAACACAUAAAGAAAAAGGGGAAAGAUUUGGGAUCAUAAAGGACUCUUAUCCUUUUAAAGGUAAUUCUGUUUUUGAAGUACUUGAUGGCAACACAGAGGUUUUUCCAAGGGGGAAAUACUACUUUCCUAGCCAUAUAAAAGAUAUCUUCUCUGAUUCUCCAGCUGUAGAACUGAAAAUAUAUGCCUUCCUCUUAAAUAGGAAUUAGUGGUACUGUCACCCAUUCAUGGUAGUCCACAUCUCCUUUAGAUGUCAGUGCAAGUAAAAGUGUGUUACAUGAUAUGUGAUUUGUGACUUGAAUUCACAAAAGACAACUGUGCUUUGAAGGAAGCUAAUUUAGCCCUGUGUGUCUUGAAGAGGCUGAACAAAUAAUGUUCAGAAGUUGGCCUAUGAAAAACCAGUAGCUCCCAUGUUAAGUCUAGCACCCUGUCCCUCAGUGUUUUCUAAAGCUUUGGGAAUGAACUAGAAGCUUAUUUUUUCCAGUGUUUUUAUGCCUUUCAACCAUUUUUAUGGUUUUAUACUCUUUUUAGAGGACCCUACACCAGCCAUCACAGAAUCCCAGUUAGUGGAAAAGUUUGUUGGGAGAGAAGAGAGGGUCAUACAGAAAUGCAACUGGCCAGUUAAGAUUUCAUGUGCUCCUUAAAAUAUUAUUACUUGCAAAAAAGUCCAAAAAUGAUCUUUUCCAGGAAGUGCUGUGACUGAUAUAUUUUCUUUUAAGGCUAUCCUUUAUUUACGCUGAUAGAAAUUCAAGAAUGCUAUGAAUAGUGAUUUCCAUCCAUAGUUUUCUAUGCUGCAGGGUUUUCUUUUCUUUUAGAGAGGCAAGGAUGGUGGGUGGCAUUUUCUUCCUUAAAAUGUGCACAAAGCAGAUUAUUUCUGAGCCUCUUCUUUGCUUCUGGAGCUGCAGUAUCUUUGGGCCCCUUAUCAGUCAGGUAAGAAUAUGUACACCAAAAUCACUAGAUGAUUACUGUUCAAGGACACAUAUCUCUAGUCACAUGUCACAGAUAAUUGGCCAUGUCAGUUCAUACAUAAAGGAUCUGCAAGUGUCCACCUCACUCAUAUUUACAGACAAGGUGGUUUGCAUUUUUUGUAUGUACCAGUGGGAAUGCAGAGAACAUAUCCUAAUUCUGAAACAGAGAAUGUUCUGUAUUCUUGUUUAACAGUGCCUCCGGCUUACAAACAGCUACCAAGUUCAAUCCUUUUGGAAUAUAACUCAUAGUAUGACUAUUAGUAUAUGUAUGUGUUUACUUAACUUUAGUAGCAUCUGCUCUCAUGGUCAUUUGGACAUUCAGGUGAAGAAAAUUUGUUCAUGAAUAAAAAAAAAAUUAGUGCUAAACUUUCAACUUUUAUAUUGUCCACCAAAGUGUCAUGAGGACUUUUAGACAUGUCAAGCCAGAGAUACAAACCAAAGUGAAGCAACUAGACUUCUCUCUGGGAUGUAUAUAUCAGGCAGCUUUAGGAGUAGGAUUCAUAUUUAUGACCAGUUUAAUCUGUGGAGUGUUAAUGUCAGCCACAUAGUGUGGACAUCAAGCAACUCAAGUGUAAUUCAGAAUUCUAUGUAGGUUCUUUGAGGAGCUGACUUUUCAUUAGCUUCAGAUUUAUAGAAUGACAGUCACAUCAGCUCAAAUUUGAAUUUUUCAAGAUAUAGUAGUGUAAUGAUUGAUUUUAACCUUCCUGUUGUGUAUUAUCCUGAGCUGUUUGUUGUACAGUUGGGGUAUGAAUAUGUGAACCAGUCAGGAUGUUCACUGCCAAUUGUUUUGUCUAGUGCCACAGAGUUCACUGGCCCCUCUCUGCAGUUGUGUUCCACUUUGAAAAUGUUUGGUUUGUUUAUAUUUUUGUCCAAAAUUAAAAACCUUCAAUCUUU